CGCAGCCCAGGGACUGCCUGAGAGGCAGGUCCACUUGACAGCCAUUUUUGCCCACCAUCCACCACUUCCUGAGCUACAUAUACUAUUUUCUCCCAUCCAACUGUAACCAAGUUUCUCAAAGGACUUGUUCAAAUUGUUCCACUACUUCAAGAGCCUCCACCCACAUGAGACUUUCAUGGUGUCCUUAAGAACUUGAUGGUCCUCCAUUUAAGCCAAUGGAUACUUCUUUUUUGAAUCUCUUUAUGAAGAUGACAAUCACAGUGGCAAAUUCUUCAGAGUGAAGAAUAAAGCUACAAGCUACCAUGAUGUGGGCCCUCUAAAACUACUUUGCAUAAGGAAAAGAUCACAGUUAGACUGUACCCUUUGUUAAUUCUGAAUGUCAUGUUUAUCAGUUCUACUCCCUGGCCCUGCCAAUCACACUUUCCUACAAGAGAGAGCCUGGUUCCAUGCACAUCAGAAGUGGUAUACAUACCACUCAACUCAAAGAACUUCAGUUAUUGCUCAAAUACAUUGAACUACAGUAAUACAUUCCAGAGGUGACAGAUCCAUGGAUCACUGGACUAAAUGGAUCAAGUUUUUCAGCAAACUGAUGGUACAAAGAAGAGUCCAGGACUUCUGACCCUAGCAAAAUACAAUAAAUUAUUUCUCUUACAACACCUUGGACCAUGUUGGAUUUCAGAAAAAAGGGAAAAUCAGCAUCAGCAAACCUGUAAAGGGAAAACGUUUCUGAUUUCAGACAGAAGCUUCCUGAAGAGACACAGUAAGAAUCCUUCCAGAUUGUGUCAGUUUCAGAGAUGAACGGAACUAACAACACGUCAGGCAACUGUAUGAUGGAUAAGUUCAAGCAGGUUGUUUAUCCCACUGCUUAUUUGACCAUAUUCAUAUUCGGUGUUGUUGGAAAUGGCCUUUCCAUAUAUGUUUUCCUACAACCUUGUAAGAGAAAGACCUCAGGGAAUAUUUUCAUGCUGAAUUUGGCCAUUUCAGACCUCAUGUUUGUGUCCACUUUGCCUUUCCGGGCCGCCUAUUACCUGAUGAAAUCUGACUGGAUAUUUCAAGAUGUAUUUUGCAGAAUUGUGUCCUAUAUCUUGUAUGUCAAUAUGUACUGCAGCAUUUAUUUUCUAACCACCCUGAGUGUUGCUCGCUUCAUGGUCAUUGUCUACCCAUUCAAAUGUUUCCAAGUAACCAGCACAAAGUAUGCCAGGAUCAUAUGUGUGGUAAUAUGGAUUUUUGUGAUGGCAAGUAGCAGCCAACUGCUGGGCACUGGAACCACCGUAACGAAUUCCUCAACUCAGUGCUUGGAUCUCCAACCAAACAAUAUAGACAAGAUCUUUCUGUUAAACAAUAUUGUCCUGGUAGUCGGCUUCUCCCUGCCAUUUUGCACAAUCGUUGUGUGCUAUGUGUUUGUAAUCAAAGCCUUACUUAAGUCCAAGACUCCAAACACUAAGGUAAGAGCCUCUCAUAAGAAGGCAAAGUUAACCAUCAUCCUUACUUUGUUCAUAUUCUUCCUUUGUUUCUUGCCAUAUCACAUACUAAGAACUGUCCAUCUGGUACAGACAAAAAAUGGUAUUGAAAGCAAGUGUAACUUGCACAAAGGGGUCAUCAUUACCCUGUGCCUGGCUGCAAUGAAUAGCUGCCUAGAUCCUGUACUCUUCUACUUUGUAGGUGAAAAUUUCAAAGCAAGACUCAAAAAUAUAUGUAAGAGGUAGUGAACACAGAAUCAAAUACACCCAUUUCUUACUGGGAAAAUUAUGUAAUAGUUCAGCCACAGAAUUGGGAGUUGAAAGACUGAGACACAUUUCUCAGCUCUGUCAUUAACUUGCCUUGUGCCCUGAGCCCAGAUUCUCAAAGGCAUCACAUUCCUACUUAUUUCAAUCCAUAUAACUUGUAUAUCAUUUCAACUGGCCUUAGGUAUCUUAAAUAAACUCAAAGGUCUGCAUCUAAAGUUCUGUUUCCAUUUCCUUUUCAUUUACAUUCUUCUGUGUUAAAUUGGGAUAUUCAAGGUAUUGUACUGCUAUAUUGCCUCCCGACUCUUGUUGAUUUUUUUUUAAAUUAAGGUUCAUAUAGGGUUUGAAGACUCUUAAAUAUAAUAGAAAUACAAAGUAUUAUUGAUAUUAGCUGCCUUUGAAAUGUUUUAUCCAAAAAUCUACAUUGAAUCUGGCUCUUAAAUAUGUGUCAUACAAACAUUUCUAUAUUUUCCACCAUUACAAACCUCUAAGGUAUGUUGUUUAAUAUUUAAAUGGAUUUUCAAGUUAAACAUUGCCUUAAGAGUCCUACAAACAAACCAUUUCUGAAUGACAGUAUUUAAAUUCAUGUGAGUAUUAAAACUUACUCUCCAUAUUCAUGUGAAUAUAUACAUGGUCCUUUGUCAUUCUUCUUUAUAUGAAUCAAUGUUUUUGUGGCCCCUAACAUAUUUUUAUGCUUGGUUUGUCAGCAGUAUUUUUAAACUUGUGUAUUAAAGUUAGAUAAAUGAACCUAGAAUUAGGAAUUCAAGUCAGAAUAUUAAGUGUAUUUAGUGAAAGAUAUGUGCUGAGUGGGAUUUCCAGAAACAUUUAAUUUCCGCUGAUUUCAAUGGAAGUAAGGUAUCUUGGAAAAUCUCAGUAGAUGCUUAUCUGCAUUUUAGGUACUUAAAUGCUUCAAAAUGCUGGGUGUCUUUAUGUACUGUGAAUAAGGACACGUAAAGUAGUGUUGCAACACAACAUCUUUACUUCUUGCUGUCAAUUCCUUCAUAAAAAGAAAGGCUCU